CAAAUGCUAUGAAAAUAAUGGAAAAUAAUGAUGAAAAUUUGGUGAGGCCCAAACUAAAACCAAGCCCAGCUUCCACCAGAACGUUAAAAUGAAGUUCAAAUUCAAAUUCAUCUUCUUCAGUCCGCUCCCCUUUCUCCUUUUCUUCUUCUUCUUCUUCCUCACCACUCCAAUGGCUUCCUCCACUUCGUACUUCACUACGCCAACCAAAACCCCUUCAGAAAAGUCCACCAGGAAGGUUCAGAACUCCAGCCGUAUGGACGCGUCCGACUCCAGAUCCCGAUUCGAAGCCUACAAUCGUCUUCAGGCGGCGGCUGUUGCGUUUGGUGAGAAGCUUCCCAUUCCUGAGAUCGUUGCCUUGGGUGGUCAAUCCGAUGGAAAGAGCUCUCUCUUAGAAGCCCUACUUGGAUUCCGCUUCAAUGUCCGCGAAGUCGAAAUGGGGACACGCAGGCCCUUGAUCCUCCAAAUGGUCCACGAUCCGACUGCUCUCGAGCCCCGCUGCCGAUUUCAGGAGGAAGAUUCUGAAGAAUAUGGAAGUCCUGUUGUUUUAGCAUCUGCUAUUGCAGACGUUAUAAAGUCUCGAACUGAGGCACUGUUGAAGAAGACCAAAAGUGCAGUUUCUUCCAAGCCAAUUGUGAUGAGGGCAGAAUAUGCACAUUGCCCCAAUCUUACCAUUAUCGAUACCCCUGGCUUUGUACUUAAGGCAAGGAAGGGAGAGCCAGAGAACACUCCAGAAGAAAUUCUUUCAAUGGUGAAGUCCCUUGCAAGUCCUCCCCAUCGUAUCCUCUUGUUUCUUCAACAAAGUAGUGUAGAAUGGUGUUCAUCCUUGUGGCUGGAUUCUAUUCGUGAAAUUGAUCCAGCUUUCAGACGGACGAUAGUUGUUGUCUCCAAAUUUGAUAAUCGUCUGAAGGAAUUUGGUGACAGAUGGGAAGUGGAUAAAUAUUUGAGUGCCAGUGGUUACCUUGGAGAUAACACGCACCCAUUUUUUGUGGCCCUGCCAAAGGAUAGAAAUACUGUUUCUAAUGAUGAAUUUCGCCGACAAAUAUCUCAAGUGGAUUCUGAAGUUCUUCGUCAUCUACGUGAUGGUGUCAAGGGAGGGUUUGAUGAAGAGAAAUAUAGGUCUUACAUUGGUUUUGGCUGCCUCAGGGAAUAUUUAGAAUCUGAGCUUCAGAAGAGAUACAAGGAAGCGGCUCCAGCAACUUUGGCUUUGUUAGAGCAACGUUGUGUCGAAGUUUCAUCUGAACUAUGUAGAAUGGAGUCAAAAAUACAAGCUACUUCAGAUAUUGCACAUCUUAGGAGAUCUGCUAUGUUGUAUACAGCUUCUAUCAGCAAUCAUGUGAGCGCAUUGAUUGAAGGAGCUGCAGAUCCUGCCCCAGAGCAAUGGGGGAAAACUACUUCAGAGGAACAAUCAGGAAGUGGUAUUGGAAGUUGGCCUGGUGUUAUAUCAGAAGUCAAACCUGCCAACUCUAGCCUUCGGUUGUAUGGUGGUGCUGCUUUUGAAAGAGUGAUGUUUGAGUUUCGAUGUGCUGCUUACUCCAUCGAGUGCCCUUCAGUAUCAAGGGAGAAGGUAGCAAACAUAUUACUUGCUCAUGCUGGCAAACGUGGAGGCAGGGGAUUGACUGAGGCUGCUGCAGAGAUUGCUCGUGCUGCUGCACGAUCAUGGCUUGCUCCUCUUCUAGAUACUGCUUGUGAUCGUCUAGCUUUUGUAUUGGAAAAUCUUUUUGAUCUUGCUCUGGAAAGAAAUCGUGCCUAUGAAUCACAAAAUGGGAAGAAGCAUUGUAACAUGGAUGGCUACGUUGGUUUUCAUGCUGCUUUAAGGCAUGCGUACAAUCGUUUUCUGAAGGAUCUUGCUAAACAGUGCAAGCAACUACUUCGUCACCACCUCGAUUCUGUUACAAGCCCAUAUUCACUUGUCUGCUAUGAGAACGACUUUGAAGGAGGCUCUCUCUCAAAUGCAUCAUCCUUUCAGAAAUUCUAUCGGGUUUCUGCAGGUUUGUUCUCGUUUGAAUUGUCUGAUUGUGGAGGAGUAUCUCGCAAUGAAACAAUGAAGGAUCAGGAGAACAUACCUCCAGAAAAGAACAUACAGCAGAUAACACCAGGAAAAGGUACAGAAUGUAGAGAAGCCCUUCGAGAAUGCCAAAUGACCGUUCCUGAGACUCCAUCACCAGAACAACCUAAUGAUGUUGGGUAUGGAGUAAAGAAGGAACUUGGAAAUGGGAUUGAUAUUGGAGUUCGGAAAAGGGUUUCAAGAGUCAGAAAUUCUAGUCGGAUAGGUGGUCAAGAUGGUUGCGGAACUUUAUUCAGUAAUGGUGAUGGAAGUUCAAGAUGUAGCUCAGCUUACACAGAAAUUUGCUCAUCAGCAGCGCAACAUUUUGCUCGGAUUCGUGAAGUUCUCAUUGAGCGAAGUGUGAUGUCUACACUGAAUUCUGGAUUUUUAACACCGUGUCGAGAAAGACUUGUAGUGGCACUUUCUUUGGAAUUAUUUGCCGUGAAUGACGAGAAGUUCACAGACAUGUUCGUAGCUCCAGGUGCUAUCGAGGUACUUCAGAAUGAAAGACAGUCUCUCCAAAAGCGUCAAAAGACACUACAAACAUGUCUGAACGAGUUCAAAACUGUAGCUCAAUCACUUUGUUGAUAGUUCAAUGGAACUUCAAUUCCAACUGCUAUUCCUCAAUUUCACUUCCAAGUACCACAAUAUUUCCGUCCUUGGCGGCAUAACGCAAUGUAAGUGUAUCUUCAUCUUGAGAAGGCAAUCUCUCUAGAAGUGUCAGGAAUAUGGCAAGAAUGUUUGGAUGAUUUUAAAAGUGCAGGUCAAUCACUUUGUUGGCUCACUUUAUCUGCAUCAAUUCUAUAAACUCCCAGAGUUUUUUCGUAAUUGAAUUCUGCAUAUUGUGAGUGUAUUCUUUCCCUGUGUAAGCUCAUGUAGUUCUUCUCUAUUUACAUGUUAUGUAAAACAGAAGCUACUUUCCUAAUGUGAGCAUUGAAUUAUUGCAAUUGUUCUGUUAUCUUUUUAUUGUAUUAUAGAAGUCUAAAAGAGCAAAUAAGAUGGCUACCAAAUAUUGAAAACAAA